GGUAUGGAUGAGCGUAUGGCCACUAUAUAACAUUGCAUACACAGAGAGAGAGAGACUAUCCAGCUAUCUGAGAAGGAAGCAGAGAAGCCAAAGAGAGAGGGAGGGAUUACAAGAUGCAGGACUGGGCUGGAGUGUUCAUCCCACUGGUGCUGUUCAUCCUCCUCUCGCCUGGCCUUCUCUUCCAGAUCCCCGGCAAAUGCCGGAUCAUCGAGUUUGGCAACUUCCACACCAGCGCCAUAUCCAUCAUCGUCCACGCCAUCCUCUUCUUCAGCUUGGCGGCCAUCUUCCUCGUCGCCAUCGGGGUGCAAAUGAACCUCGGCCCCUAAAUCAAUCUCUAUAUUCAUUAUAUAAUAUGUUUGCAUGUGGUGUAGUUUCCUGUUUUCUCUCCGUCCGUCAGUUGGAGCUGUCUCCCUUAGGCUUUUGCCUUUGCACAUGAUAGUUUUCAGUUCUCUGAAAGCAUAGGUGCUCAUUCCUGUGUAGCAUCAAUAACUGUAAUCAGCGUGGAGCAUAAUUAAGACUUAAAUUGGUUCCUUGCUUCA